GGAAUGGACACAAGCAUUGGGGACUCUUCCUAGUUUGAGUCAAAAAAAAAAGGAUGCCUCCUAUAUUUCACUGGCUGAGAGGUAAAAAGAUCCCAUACUUACCCUGCUGCCCAUCCAGACAAGUCUGUGGGACCAUGAAGUUUAGAUUAGCUCGUCUGCUCCUUCAGCCACUGUGGGGCUCCCAAGCCUUCUAUAAGCCUCUCCGCUAUGUGAAUAUUGGGCUGCCUAGACCUCAGAAGACCAUCGCUGACUUUGAAGCCAUUCACGAAGGAAAGCAGGCAAUACCAGAGUAUUUUAAUUUUGCCAGUGAUGUGCUAGACAUGUGGACUCAAAUGGAGAAGGUCUCUAUGGCUGUGUUGUUUUGUAAAGCAAAAACUCUCUUCUGUGUUAUCAGGAAGUUUAUGGGCUUAACGUAUUCUGACAUCUUUUGGAACACAUCUGAUACAGGCUGGGUCAAAGCUGCCUGGAGCUUAUACUCUACUUGGUUAACAGGAGCCUGUGUCUUUGUCCACGAGUUGCCAAAAACUGACACCAGCCUUAUCUUGAAUACACUCUGCCAAAUGCCAAUUACUGUUUUUUGUUGUGUUCCAACCAUGUUCCAGAUGAUUGUACAGCAGGAUCUGACCAGGUACAAAUUCAAGAGCCUGCGACAUUGUGUAGCAGGAGGAGAGAGUCUUAAUCCUGAUGUGAGAAAAAAAUGGAGGAGUCAGACAGGUGUGGAGUUGUAUGAAGGCUAUGGCCAGUCUGAAACUGCUUUGAUCUGUGGCAAUCAAGUAGGCAAGGAAAUCAAGUCAGGUUCCAUGGGGAAAGCUUUUCCACCUUAUGAUGUCCAGAUUGUAGAUGAUGAAGGCAACAUCCUUCCUCCAGGAAAAGAAGGUAGCAUUGGCAUCAGGAUCAAACCAAAGCCACCCAUAUGUUUCUUCACAGGUUACUUGAACAAUGCUGAGAAAACAGCCUCUUGCAAACGGGGCGACUUUUACCUCACUGGGGACUGUGCCUAUAUGGAUGAGGAUGGUUACUUCUGGUUCAAAGGAAGAACAGAUGAUGUGAUCAAUUCUUCAAGUUACCGGAUUGGACCCUUUGAAGUAGAAAGCGCUCUAUCAGAGCAUCCUGCUGUUGUUGAGUCAGCUGCAGUCAGCAGUCCAGACCCCAUCAGGGGGGAGGUGGUAAAAGCUUUUGUAGUUUUGAACUCAAAUUUUAUCAACCAAGACCCAGUGGAACUGACUCGGGAACUGCAAAAUCAUGUCAAAAAAUUAACAGCACCAUACAAGUACCCAAGGAAGGUGGAAUUUGUCCAAGAACUGCCGAAGACAGUCAGCGGGAAGAUUCAAAGGAGCGUAUUAAGAAAGAAAGAGUGGGGGAAUUAAAAUGGAUCUGGGGAAUUCUUUAACUGACCUUUCAACAUUUCUGGCUAAGGCUUGGGUUGAUCUUCCUGUAGUCUUUAUAGGAAGAAUGCCUUAGCAUCCUUUGGAAUGGGAAACCUAUUCUCAGGAUCAGGAUCUAAGGAAUCACCUUAGGAAUAAACCCUUUGAUUGGC